GUUUCGACCUGAAUGUCAAAACUGUUAUUAAAGAAGAAGCAUCGCUGCAGAUGCAGUUUUACUCUCGUGUUGAUGGUUUUUAAAUUAAAACCAUGGAAAAAUGUCCUCGGUGCAACUGCGAGGCCACAGGACAGAACCGUCUGGUGACCGACAGUUGUGGACACACCAAGUGUCGCCUCUGCCUGGUAGCGGAUGUAUCUGAUUGUUCGGAAUGUCGAAUCGUAAGUCAGGAAAGUGCCAGGAUACCGGAGAAACAGGAAGCCAAGGUCAUAACUUCUGCAGAUCAGCGAAUUUUAGUCACGGAUCAAGGCUACCACUGUACUGUAUGCAACAAGGACUUUCGCAGUCGCACCCAGCAAUAUUAUCACCUCGCCUGCGGAAACGAACUUCUCAAGAAAUUUAGCUGCAAGGAAUGCAGUCGCAGGUUUGCUACCCGUUCCCACCUAAACUAUCACCUUAGCAGCCAUGAGAAUCAAUCGAAGCACUCGUGCAACACCUGUGGUAAAUGUUUCAAGCAGCUAAUUGUUCUCCAGCGGCACAUGGUCACCCACAGCCAGGAGCAGUAUGUGUGUCCGCACUGCCAAAAGGUAUUUCGCCGCCAGAGUUCCCUCAAUAGUCAUGCGGCUAUCCACACUGCUCUCGGCUUGCCCUACAAAUGCGAGCUUUGCUCUAAGCAUUUCCAGAACAAGGCCAAUUUAAACCAGCACUUGCGGAAGCACGACAAGAACAGCAUUAGACACAAGUGCAAAGUGUGCCAGAAGUCCUUCCUGCGCCAAACAACGCUCAGAUUGCAUAUGAAGCGUCACUUGAAUCGCGAACGUCUAUCCUGUUCGCUGUGUGACAAAAGCUACAAUGAUGUGGAUGCACUGGGCCGCCACCUCAAGCAACAUAAGGCUGUAGAACGCUACCGUUGUAUCCAGUGCGACAUCACAGUUAACCGAAAAGACAACAUGCUUCGGCACCUACGAUCUAUGCAUCCAGGCUGCGCAUUUGAAAGCACUGUUGAGAUUGUUAAGUUAAGUUCCAGUAUUCUGGAAGAAGCAGAGAAAGAGAAAAGACCAGCGGAAAUAGUGCGAUACAACAGCGUGAUCCAAAGCGUGGGUAACGUGGAGCCAGUGAUGCUACCACUAUCGCCGCCACAGUCAAUUCCCCUUCCGGAAGUCCAGCUGGACCGAUCCAAAAUUAUCUCAGAGCACCUUCCGUUGCCUGAUGCCAUGCCCGAGGAAAAUGUCCAGCUGUAUCGCAAAAUCAUCUUAGACCUUGACAACGAAGAGUACUCAAAUGAGCUGAGUCUCGAUGAGACCCACGAGGAACCCGCCCUGCAGCAAAGCCAACCGCGAUGCCCGGGUCAAGGCAGCUCCAAAUUUAGCGAGAUGCAUUGGCGUAAAAAUGUCAAAUAUUUGUACGAAAAUGAGCACACGAAUUGAAG